GAAACUGUAAGUACCCAAAUCCAGUGCCUAUUUUCUGAAUUCGAUUCGCUAUAUGUGUAUGGUUUUUUUUUUUCGACCAAACAAAGAUGAUAACGGACGACGGUCUGUUUGCACUAUGAGGUGCCUCCCUUCAAGAUAAUUGCGGAACUUAACGGUUGCCUCCCACCAAACCGCUAGCGACUCUUUCUCUUUCAACCUAUCGGUAAUUACGUUCAAUAAGAUGUCUACCACUGCCAAUGACGUAAUAAAAUAUUGGAUCGCACGUCAGGUUCACAAUAUGAUUCGGACAGUACACGAUCGAUUCUUAUAGGUUAAGAAGUCGAAUUUUUGCAUGUUUUAAUGGCUAUUCUUAAUCUAGAUUCCGUUAGAGCGUUACGCUUUCUUUUGUUAAAUUGUACAGAGACGAUAAUCUCGUAAUCCGGUCAGGAAUGAAACAGGAAUAACAGCUGAUCAGGCCUAACGCCGAUUUUACCUAAUAUCUCUUUAACGGGCUUGGCGCAUCUUCAAUUGCUUCAACUUUAUCAAUUAUUGGUUUUGAUUUUUCUCGGCCCAAUACAUUAUCCAGAAGCUGCGAUUCGGCUAUCUUACUUAAGCUUCAAUCUCAAGUUAUAUAGAGCAUUCAGAAUAUAACCUCUUAAUUAAAGUGAUCUUGGGGACCGUUUGAGUUCACUAUUAAUAUGUGACCCAGUUGGUAUACCAGUCUAUACAAGCCGGUUAGUACCAUCUCUAGGGUGCACUGGAAGUAAGCUGGUGGUGAAUUAAGACCAUUUGAUACCUUAUUUUACUGGAAUAGACCAUUGUGCGUUACAGUUGUUGUUCUUUUUGAAUUCUGGACGCAUCAUUUCGGUCUAUUUUGGUAAACAAAGUUGUUAAUCCCGGCAAAUAGGUCAUUCGUCUUUGGCAGUGGAUACCUCUCAAGCUGGGCUGCCUUUAUCGCCAUUAUCCUCAGGUAUACAUAAACACAAAUUUGUUUGGGCUCUUUUAGGACAUCAACAAUACAUAGGAGAAUUCUGCACCGCAUUUUUGAAAAAACGCUGAUAUUAUUUACCCGCUAUCUGUCAUGUGAGCGUCCUCAAGCAAUUACUUUAUUAGUAAUCAAUAUGACAAGUUGUAUCCGUCGACCAUCGAUACAGUUAAACUUCUGGUGGCUGUGACGAAUUUGUGUCACCUAUCCUACGGUAGGAGACACAGCACUAUAAGGAUCAUUGGCACUAUAUAUUUAUUUGGUGCCUUUUCUUGUACAACUUUAUUGCGCGCCGCUUUACGCUUUCUGCUUCUUUUGACUUUCACACAACGUUUGCUCGCCCCGGACAAAUAUUACAAGGAAUCCUUAAUACAGUGUGGUGAAAGGGCCGACGUGCAAUUUAAACUACAAUACUACAUACACCUUUUGAACAAUUUGAGCGUUUUGAGCCCUUGUAUUUUUGGGACAUUCGGCAUCGGAUUAUUAAGAGCUGAACAUGCCAACAAGGAGUUCUUCAGAAUUCUUUAUAACUACAUUUGGUUAUAUACUAUUUGCAAAUCGUAUUAUAUUUGUUAUGUGUAGUUUUUAUAUAGAUUUAUCGAAUGCUUCAAAAACUUGUCACCACUUAUGGUAUUAUGACUUUAAAUACUAUACGAAUUGCUUGUUUCCUCUUGUCGCUGAACAAGGAGUUUUUUGAAAUGUCUGACGAACACAUACAAACAACAAACAAUUGUUUAGAAAAACGGUCGUUUCGAAUGGAAAAGAUCAACCAAUUUAGGGUAUAAGUGAUGACACUCGAACCACAAAAGCUUCACUAACAGAUUUCCGUUUAACAGAGUUCCUAUUAUACACGCAACCCCUCUCAAUCAAAUCGUCUGACUGUUUAUUUAUUUUUUUCUUUAAAGUCAAACUUUUUUGCUCUUUGUGCACAAUGAAUAUCUUAUCACGUAUAAGACUUUUGAUUAUUCUCCUCUAUAUCGGGUCUUUCUACAAGGUUUUUUCUCAGUUCUCUAUGUCUCUUAAAUUAGAAAGCCUAAUAAUAGGUGUAGAAGAAGCUUGUCGUUCGCCUUCUUAAAAGUAAUUCCUUCAGCCAAUUUUCAUAGUUUGUUAUGGCUUGACCACCAUUUAAUCCUUGAUUUGCUGCGCCAUAUGUUUUCAGUUCCCUUAUUUUAUCGAUUUCGGUAGUUGCUUUUCAUUUACAGCCGCAUUAGUAGCUGUGAACACCACUUAUCAAACGUUUUGUAGCUUAUUUUAUCCGGCAUAUCCACAAUUUAAGGAGCCUAGUAUGUACCUGUACAAAGUUUUCCCGUUUAGAAUAGAAAACUUCUCAAAGUACCCUCGGCUCAGUUAAAACCACUUCCGUCGUCUGUCUAUUGACGCUACGAGUAAUGUCUGCCACAACGUAGGAUUGCUCUAUGUGCGACUGACCAAGCUCUUUUUUCGAAAUGUAUAGAUUUGCUGCCGUACAAUUCCGUAAAAGGCCUAUGAAAUAAUUUAGUUGUGCAAUUACAUAUCUGAAACUUUAGCAAUUUGUUUGAGGAAUAUGUGCUGAAUGUUCUUAAAGUAAUGCAGUGGAAAUCACCUAACUCGAAAUAGUCUUUUUGCGCAUUCAGUUCUCGAACAAGUGGUGGAUCUCUUUUAGUAUACGACACUGAUUGUGCUAAAAUUCCUGGUCUAAAGCAGUAUCGCUUGAAACUAUGUCUACAAACGAUGCUAAGAAACCUCUAGGCGGUAAUCGACAAGAAUCGAAUGAUGUUACCGACGGCAUCGGCGGUCCGGCUAAUGGAGCCGACUUCCUACUGCCGUACAUUGAUCCCUCCAGACGGUAUAGUGAUGGUAACCGAUGGCGAUCUAAGCGUUCCCGCUGCGUGGACCGUCUUCGCCUGGAGGGGAUUAACCAGCGAAUAGAGUUUUACGAUCGACUCCAAAAGGUGUUGAUGACUCGUCGUAGCCUGUUGCAUGGUAAAUUGAAAGGAGAACUUCUGUGUGUAGAAACCGGACAAAGUGCACAUUCAUGUAAAACUGCUAUCGAUGACAGAGAAUUAUCAAAGCUCUCGACUCACGUGCUUAACUUUAUAUCAAAAGACUCUAACCUAACUAAAAAUAUUUCUCAAAAUCUUGCCAACGAUGCAAAUGAAUCCUUACAUGACCUCGUCACAAACAGCACUGCAAGCAUAUUGGAAUUUGGAUUUGAAUCUACUUCAAAUCCUGACGCUAAGGUUACUGUGACCCAGCAGCAGUUUGGUGUAAAGCCCCGCCCCAAAGGACAAGGGCUUCCAAAUUUAACGGGCAUAGACAAAGUUACACAGCAUUCUCUUGGGAGCGGUGAUGGUUCGAUGAAGGAUUUGUUUGCCGGCAUCGGUCAGCAUUAUGAUGAGGAACUUUCAUUCAGUUCAACAUGCUCGGAUGCUGAGCGUGAUUGGAAACUUGCUGAAGAGUUCAACACUUCGCUUGGGAUGGAAAUGAUACAGUUUCGGAGAGAAAUUGAGGAGAUUUUGGCAGACCAUCCAAUGGGAAUUUUGUUCCCCGUGGAACUUACAGGAGCUUAUUACUCGAAAGUUGGACGACCCAUCAAAAACUGUACACAGGACUUCUCGUUCGAAGCACUAUAUGCUUGGCUGCGGUGUUUCACGUCCCUUGAUAUCUCGCGACUGAUCCUCUGACGGAAUAAAUGGCUUUUCUCACUAUGGGUUAUUUGUUUGCCUUGAGAAGCCUAGAAUUGCAUUUAUUAAGCUCGGAGCUUUUCUUCAUUUCAAAGUAUGUACGUCUGGCGUUUUCGCCUAUGAAUCAUGGAUAUUGCCAUGCAUAAUGCCAUUGGAUCAUGUAAACAUAGAAUCAAAGUAUCAGAAAUAUGGGUUGGUAACAAGGUACAAAAUCCUACUCAAAUCAGUACCAUGCACGAAAAAAAGCUGAGUCUAAUCAUAUUGUUGAGUCACCAAUCUUCAUCGUUAGCAGUCAGUCGUUUGAACUUGCAUACAAAAAUACUGUACAUCGCAUUUGCUAUAUUUAGUCGAGUACAUAUGUUUUAGUUACGAUAUGCUUGCUAGAAUCAGAUUUAGCUACGGUAAGAUUUAGAUCUCGCAGAAACAUGUAGUCUGCCUAAAUAAAGGUUAUGUCUACUCCAACAUAU